UGAUCCAGAGCGAAGCGGCAGACGUCAGAGGAGCUCAGACCAAGGAACAUGGCGCAGAGUUGGAGAGCUGUCUCUGGGCUACACAGGUAAACAGCCGCUGACACGGAAUCUACGUCUCCCUGGAAGUCAGUGACGGAUUACCCUGUGACUGCUGACCGCCUGCCCGACAUUACUUACCCACAUUUCUGCCUUUCCUGCCCCUUGUGGGACCGGACGGACGCGGGAGGGAAGAGGCAGUGGAGCUGAGUUGACAGCGACCGUUCACCCGAAUUGUGCGACCAGAGAAUGUGUGCCGACCAUUUUAGCUAACUGAGGUUAAAUUGCGCGGUGUGGGAGCUUGAUAUCGACCCCCACCGAGCCGGGGCUAUUUCCUCCUGCACUCAGCGCUGUUAGCCGGUCGAUAGCAACGCAACAUGGUUUGGUAAACUGUUGCUCCUGUAACACCAGCUUAGCGAACAGCGUCAGUGCACAUUUGACAGUCUCUGCGUCACAUGCCUGGUUUGUUUUGACACAAGCGUUAGCCACAUAGCAUCAUGUCUGACAACCAGAGCUGGAACUCCUACGGCUCCGAGGAGGAUUUAGAGCCCAAAGAGGAGCCUGCACAUCCUGUUGGGAACGGCCGGUUCAGCGGAGUCCUCAGUAAGUGGACAAACUACAUCCAUGGCUGGCAGGACCGUUGGGUGGUGCUGAAAAGUAACACACUGAGCUACUACAAGUCCCAAGAUGAGACCGAGUAUGGCUGUCGAGGUUCCCUCUGCCUUAGUAAAGCUGUUAUUACUCCUCAUGAGUUUGAUGAGUGCCGGUUGGACAUCAGUGUGAACGACAGUGUGUGGUACCUGAGAGCACAAGACCCAGAGCACAGAUACCAGUGGAUUGACGCCAUUGAGCUGCACAGGAGUAUCACAGAGAGAACAUCAGACAGGGGAGAAGUCCAGGGAACAAUAAUCAUCCCUCCACUACUGGUCGACUGUGGUUAUGGCUCAGAGUCCAGUCUGCGGAGACGUGGCUCCAUGUUGUCUCUCACGUCAGCCACCAGCGGCUUCUCUGCCACCUCCACAUCCUCCUUCAAGAAGGGUCACAGCCUGAAAGAGAAGCUGGCAGAGAUGGAGACCUUCAGAGAUAUUUUGUGCAGGCAGGUGGACACGCUUCAGAAAUACUUUGACAGCUGUUCAGAUGCCGAGUCCAAGGAUGAGCUGCAGAGGGACAAAAUCGUGGAGGAUGAUGAAGAUGAUUUUCCCAACACCCGCACAGAUGGAGAGUUUGUGCACAACAACAAUGGCAGCAAAGAAAAAUUGUUCCAGUCUUUGAGUCCCAAGGGAAUCAAUGGCAUAGACUUCAAGGGGGAAGCCAUCACAUUCAAGGCCACCACAGCCGGGAUCCUGGCCACUCUGUCCCACUGCAUCGACCUGAUGGUGAAGAGAGAGGACAGCUGGCAAAAGAGAGUGGAUAAGGAGAUGGAGAAGAGGCGAAGAAUAGAGGAGAGCUUCAAAUCAGCCCUCAAGGAAUUGAAGAAAAAGUCUCACUUUGGAGGUCCCGAUUAUGAGGAGGGUCCAAACAGCCUCAUUAAUGAGGAUGAGUUCUUUGAUGCAGUUGAGGCCGCUCUUGACAGACAAGACAAAAUUGAGGAGCAGUGCCAGACUGAAAAGACAAGGAUACAGAGAUCCAGCCCUGUUCCCCUUUUAGACGUCUACUCCAGCACUGGUUCACACAGAUUCUCUGAUAAGCCUCAUAGUCAGCCCCCCCCUACUUUGAUAGUCAGGGCCGCUCCUCAGGAUGUCCACAGAUUCAGUGCUGAGGUGGAGGAGAUGGUGCAGAGUCACAUGACCUACUCCCUGCAGGAUGUUGGUGGAGAGGCCAACUGGCAGCUGGUUGUGGAAGAGGGAGAAAUGAAGGUGUACAGGAGAGAGGUGGAAGAAAAUGGGAUCGUUCUGGACCCCCUGAAGGCCACUCACUCGGUAAAGGGGGUGACUGGUCAUGAGCUCUGCCACUACUUUUGGGACACCUCCUAUCGCAACGACUGGGAGACCACGAUUGAAAACUUCAAUGUUGUGGAGACGUUGUCGGAAAACGCAGCAAUUGUCUAUCAAACGCACAAGCGGGUGUGGCCUGCGUCUCAGAGGGACGUUCUGUACCUGUCCGCCAUGAGAAAGAUAUUAGCCAACAACGAGAACGACCCCGACACCUGGCUGGUCUGCAACUUCUCUGUGGAUCAUGACGAUGCUCAGCCGACCAACAAGUGUGUCCGCGCCAAAAUCAACAUCGCCUUGAUCUGUCAGACCCUGGUCAGUCCACCAGAGGGAGAUAAAGAGAUCAGCAGAGACAACAUCCUGUGCAAAAUCACAUACUUCGCUAAUGUAAAUCCAGGAGGCUGGGCUCCUGCCUCCGUGCUCAGAGCCGUGGCUAAGAGAGAGUACCCCAAGUUCCUCAAGCGCUUCACCUCCUACGUCCAGGAGAAAACAUCCAGCAAACCCAUCUUAUUCUGAAGCUCACAGAAACAUGAGGACAGGACUCCCCUUGAUUCCCUGCUGCGAUGAAGACACAAGUUCCCCUUGGGGAUUUUUUUCCUCCUCAUAUGUUGUUACUACAAGUCAGUUCCAGUAGGGGGUGUGUGUAAUAACUGCAUCCUCUGGCUGCAUUCAAAAAUUUGUGAGAAAACCCUGUACCCCUGAGACAGUUAUACAGAAAAAAAAAAAAAGUGCUUAAUAUUUGUUUUUAUUCCUCUUCAUGUAGUUAAAUUGAUUAAAAGAUUAAACUGCAGCUUUUCAGAAGGCAUGAGAAAGUGGUUUCAGCAGACACCACACCGCAUCACGUUUCCUGGUCCUGUAGAGAACUGACUGGCAGAGCAGCCACAAAGUCAGUCUGCAUCUCUGACAACUAUAUUAAUAUAUCAAUGUACGUAUGUUCAAUAAGAAGCUUGUAAAAAGGAAAUUGUAGAUCUUUACUAGCAAACUGUAAUAUUUAGUUCAUAUUAUGCUUGUUUUUGCUGAAGUCAUUUCCCAGCAUUCUUGGUAAGCUGCUAACUUUAUCGAGUUAGAACAUGAUUGAUUUCUUCUCUGUGUUGAGUCCAGAGGGCUGUCAUGAACCCAUGACCCCUAUGAAGUAAGACUUGAACUUUUUUGACUCCGUCUCUCUCAUGAAAAUCACCUCACGUCGGUGCUGAUGGAGAGAUGAGCCGAAGUGUUUCUAUUUAUUUAAAUGCACAAAAGAGAGUUUGUCUACAUCGUUAGCCCGGCUUUAUUUCUGUGUCAUUGUUGAUAAGUUCCAGUUUCGUAGCAUAUCCUUGUAUUUUGAAUGUUAAAUGAAAUGUAAAUAGCGUCACUAACAUUUUCAGCGGUCCUCCAAGCGUUUUUAUGAGAGUCGAGCCCAAAUGCCUUAGUGUUACAGGAAGAUGUAGCUUCAGUUGGAUGUCAGGGUGCAGUUAGUGCACCCGGUAAAUCACUAGUGAAGUGCCUCAUGGCUUAUUUUCCUACAUUAUUGUCCUUCUCCAACUGGAGACUAUUUCAAAUGUGUCCUGCGAGUCAUUUGCCGAGACCUAGCAGGAUGUUUUAGGUCUAGUAUCAGAAAAGCAGCAUUUCAGUUCAUAUUUUAGCUAUUUCUUACAUGUGGUCAGGUUGGGUCGAUGUGUCACGUAUUUUCUGUCCAAGACUGUUGAUGCACGUGCAAAACUAAAAAGUCCAAAGUACCUGAGUUGAUUUUUAGAGGAACUUCUUCCAUGAGGACUUUUGGUUUUAAGUAAUUAUCGCUUGCCCUUAUUUACCAGACUUUUCAAAGUAAAACUUUCUCAGCUCUUGUAUCAUUUCCAAACCUGUGGACAUCCAAUGUCUUGGGUCAUAUCAUUGAUGUUAUUUGCAGCCGUGUUUAGCAGUCAGUCUUUAGAGCUUGUGGCUGACUGAUAUGGGUGAGAGAACAAGUGAAGCCAGAUGAUACUCAGCCUUUCAGCUGAGUGGGAAGACGCCACACUGAAGCUCUCUCACCUGAAGCCAGACAUUUCUAAAACAAGUUUAGUUCUUCACAGGUUGAAUGUGAUUAGAGAAACAUUUUUGUAAAUGAUUUGUUCAUACUAAUGCUGUGGGAUCAACUUACAAAAUGUACUGUGACAACAUGGCACUUGUGCCCUGUUUUAAAAGUGAAAUAAAUAAGUUUAUCCUUCA